AUGGCGAAAGGCCUCAAUCACUGGGCCGACAUUCUCAUAGUUGUUAUCUACUUCGUGGUUGUGAUCGGUGUCGGCCUCUGGUCGCUCCGAAGACCAAACAGGGGAAAUGUCAAGAGUUACUUUCUCGCCGGGAGGUCCAUGCCCUGGUUUGCUGUCGGUGCGUCCCUAUUCUCCAGUAACAUUGGCAGUGAACAUUUCGUUGGUUUGGCGGGAGCUGGGGCGUCCUCGGGUAUAGCCCUGGUCCUGUAUGAGUGGUUUGUGAUAUUCCUGAUCCUUUUAUGUGGUUGGCUGUUUCUUCCUGUCUACAUAUCGGCUGGGGUAUACACUCUACCUGAGUAUAUCGAGAGACGUCACGGUGGACGGAAGCUGAGGGUGUAUUUGAGUUGCAUUGCUUUGAUCUUAUAUGUUGUCUCCAAAUUGGCCGUAAGCAUAUUUGCGGGGUUAAUGUUUAUCCAGAUGACCCUCGGAUGGGAUAUGUACCUGUCAAUAAUUGUACUACUGGUGAUCACGGCGAUUUACACCAUUUUAGGUGGGUUGACAGCGGUGAUGUACACAGACACAUUCCAAACAGUUGUCAUGAUUCUCGGGUCGCUCUCCAUUGUAGCUAUAGGAUUCGAUAAAGUCGGUGGUUUGAAUGCUCUACAAACAAAAUAUAUGGCCGCGAUUCCUAAGAUCCGAAACAAUGCUACGACAUGUGGUAUUCCAAACCAUGACGCAUUUAGAGUGUUCCUUGACCCCAUCAACGGAGACUACCCAUGGCCCGCCCUCGUCUUACAGAGUUCGAUCGGCAGUCUGUGGUACUGGUGCUGUGACCAGGUGAUUGUUCAGCGGUCUUUGGGAGCGAAGAACUUGUCGCACGCAAAAGGUGGCUCUAUUCUGGCCGGUUAUCUUAAGACUCUUCCUCUCUUCCUCAUCGUCUUUCCUGGUAUGAUCAGCAGGGUGUUGUUUCCAGACGAGGUUGGGUGUGUGGACCCGGACGAAUGCUCUAGAAUAUGUGACAAUCCGGUUGGUUGCUCUAACAUUGCCUACCCUAAAUUGGUAUUAGAGCUGCUUCCUGUGGGUUUACGGGGCCUACUGAUGGCGGUGAUGGUUUCAGCUAUAAUGAGUUCUUUGACGUCGAUCUUUAACAGCUCCAGUACUGUAUUUACUAUGGAUAUCUGGCGUAGGAUCAGAUCUCACGCAUCUCAAGUGGAAUUGUUACUUGUUGGUAGGUUGUUUGUGGUAGUGUUGUGCGUCAUCAGUAUUCUUUGGAUUCCAUUGGUCAAGUCCUCCCAGGGCGGAAAAUUAUUUCAAUACAUGACGGCAAUGGAAGCAUACCUUGGAUCACCGAUAGGGAUUCUUUUCUUGUUGUCAAUGUUCUGGAAAGGAACAACAGAAAACGGCGCAUUUUGGGGUUUGCUGUUUGGGCAUGUAUGCGGAAUUAUUCGCCUGGUGUUGGAGUUCGUUUAUCCGCAGCCCAACUGCGGUGAGGAGGAAACGCGUCCUGCCUUCCUCACCAUCAACUACUUGUAUUUCGGUAUCAUGAUCCUCUUCAUCACAACAGUUGCUACAGUCCUCAUCAGUAUCUUCACUGCUAAACGAAAAGAGGACGAGCUUGUUGGAGUAACAUGGUGGACCAAAUACAAAGCGGACACUAACUCGCAAGACCAGGGUCUCCAACUCAAAGUAUCUUCCAAUGAUUCGUCAUCACGGCUGCGUGAAGAUGUCGAUCCAGCUAUCUCCGGCUCGACUCCAAAGUUAAGACGACUGCUAGAAAUGGUAUGCGGGAGUGCACAGGACCAUACAACAACAGAAAUCGACAUUGAUCAGAGGAAGGAAUUUGUUCACCAAACCAAAUGGGCCAAACGCCUCCUUAAUGCGAAUGCUGUUAUACUUAUCAUGGUUGUUGGCUUCUUGUCUGGCUACUUUAACUGAUCAACAUCUGUUCAAUCAUCACAGAGGUUGUGUGGUGAGGAUAUGAUGUUAAAUUCUGGAAGUUGGAUGAAAAAAGGAAAUCAUUUGUAUGUCGCUAAACAACAGAGUAAUUGUGUGUUUAUGCUUGAACCUCAAAGCUGAAAUAUAAUAAAUUGAGGUAAC